CUGCGUUUCCGCGCUGUCACUGUUUCCGUUUCCACCAACGAGGAGCAGCAUCACGCCUCCGCAAACCGCUUUGGGUUUGUUUGUUGCUCUGAAUCCUCUGCGCUCCGCAGUAUUUCGGGCUUUCUGGAGUUUUCCAGAUUUCAGACUCUUUUUUAAAUUUUAUUUCUCCUCCUCCCAACCAUGGGAGACAUCGAGGCUCCCGACACCAAUCACCCGCGCCAGAACGUCCUCCUCUCGGUGCUGCCGAGCAAAGAGUUUGCCUGCUCGAGGAAAGGAAUGCUGCUCAUCGCUGAAGUGGCUCUGUCCUUUGUGUCUUUCGUGUGUUUCGCGGCCUCUACAGCAGCAGCCUUUGUGACGGUUCCUCUGCUGGAGUUCCUAGCUGCUCUCUUCUUGAUGUUCGCUUACUCCACCAAAUUCAACGAGCGGUUUAAAGGCUUCCUCUGGCCGCUCACGGAUUUCAUGAGAUGUGUGUCUGCCUCCAUCAUCUUCUUCAUCAUCUCCAUCAUUUCAGUGUCCAAAUAUGUGGACGGUUCCUCUAAGGCUGCCGGGAUAUUUGGUUUCAUCGCCACCAUCGUUUUCGCUUUAGAUUUUUACCUGAUUUUCAAUGAGCUGGCUGCUUUCCUAAAGCAAGGAGCGGGGGAGUCCAGCGAGGAGCCAACAAGACGCCAAGAUGAGUUUUCAGACUCUGAUUCGGACUGAGAGCGCGGAGCAGCACCACCUGGAGAUCCACCCGACGACAAGUUGGAUCAUUCAAAAUAUGAUCAUGUGACUGAACCUCAAAUAAUGACUCAUAUUGACUUUUAGGCAAGUACUGCAACCUAGUUUGCAGUCAUUAAACUACAACACUAAAUUAAAAUCAUUAGGAUGUGGCUAUAAUGAAGUGAGAGAGAUCAAAAAUCAACCAACAUUGACAUAUUUUUAGUAUUAAUAUAAAACGCACAUGAACAAUGUACAGAAGGACGUUUGGUUGAAGGUUGGCUGGUUACAACCUCCGUCCAAUUGUUAAAUCAAAACAAAAGAUUUACAAGAGUACAUUUUUUAAAGUUAAUAUUUUCUUAUGAAUUCAACUUUUGAAUUAACAGAAUUCCUGGGGCUCGCGCCACAUGACGGCCUUUUCUUGAUCAUCCCAGUUUUUAUACGAAAGUUUUCGUGAGUCGAAGUGACUAAAAUGUGUUUAAGACUGAUGCAAAGUUUGAGUGACUCUCUGCUCUUUGUGUGUGUGUGUGUGUGUGUGUGUGUGUGUGUGUGUGUGUGUGUGUGUGUGUAACGCCACUUAGUGUAUUAUUACAUUGUUAAAUGCAAGGUAUCCCAUAUGUGAAUCUUUAGUUCUUCCACAGCUGUAGAAUUACACGUACCGGCCUCAUCGACUUGUAUGUAAUAUACACUGCAUGAGUGUUAAAGCAGCACUGUGAAUGGGAAAUGAUCAGUGGCCACAAACUUCCACUUGGUAUUUCAACUGUUGAGAGCAAUUGGCACAUUAAUGUUGAAGAAAAGACUUUCACGGUUGCAAUUACAUCCAAUAAAUAUUGAUUAUUGUCCUUUUGUGGCAGAGUUUGUUACUUCUGCAGUUUGUUUCUUUUUUUUUUUUUUUACUGUCUUGUCUGUGAAUAAAAAUAUUUGACUAAAA